AUGGCUGCAUUGAUGAAGAUGGAAUGCUAUCCGUAUCUGAUUUGCUUUGCUCUGUUUGCGUCAUUUAAUUGUACUUUGCAAUUCACUUAUAACUACGACCCAUCGAUAUCCGGAACUUACCCGCCAAGAGAUCUACGGUGCCCAAAGGAAUGUAACUGCACGUAUGUGGCAAAAGGAGAUUUUCUGGAGCUUGGAUAUAACUACCUAAAGUAUAAAGAUGUUGAACAUGAUGCAUUCCGUGGAUUGACGAAACUGAAAUAUCUUUCGAUUAGUAAUAACGAUCAACUCGCUAAACUUCGAGCAGCAUGGUUCGUCGACCUAGUAUCGCUAGAAGCUCUGCAUCUAGAACAAUGCGGAAUUGACAUAUUAGAGAGUGAUGUUUUUAAGCCUU